GCCAUCUUUGUUACAUGUGCGUGUGCUGUAGCGAACUUUUUGAAAGACACGCUGGUGCAUUGCCAUAUUUAAAAAAAACAGUUGCUGAGUUUUAUCAUCUAAAUGUAAUUACAAAAUGCCUACCUAUUUCCAGCGUCCAGAAAAUGCCCUGAAACGGGCAAAUGAAUUUAUAGAUGUUGACAAAAAGCAGCGAGCUCUUGAUGUGCUCUACGAUGUCAUCAAGAGUAAGAAGCACCGGACAUGGCAGAAGAUACACGAGCCGAUCAUGGAGAUGUAUCUUGAAUUGUGCGUCGAACUGCGCAAGAGUCAUGUGGCCAAGGAAGGACUGUAUCAGUACAAAAACAUAUGUCAACAGGUGAACAUCCAGUCACUAGUGGAAGUUGUGAGGAAGUACAUUUCUUUAGCUGAAGAGAAAACCGACGCAGCUCGGGAACAGUCGCACCAAACAGUUGUUGACAUUGAUGAUCUUGAUGUUCCAUCUCCUGAAACCUUGCUGCUGAAGGCUGUUAGUGGAGAAGAUGCGCAGGAUCGGACCGACCGGGCCAUCUUGACGCCAUGGGUCAAGUUCCUGUGGGAGUCAUAUCGACAGUGUCUGGACCUGCUUCGUAACAACUCGCGCGUUGAACGACUCUACCAGGACAUUGCACAGCAAGCUUUCAAAUUCUGUUUGAAGUACAGCAGAAAAACUGAAUUCAGGAAAUUGUGUGAUAAUCUGCGAACCCAUCUCGGUCAUGUUCACAAGCACCAACACCAGCAGACUGCGAUUAACCUCAACAACCCUGAAUCCCAGGCCAUGCACCUGGAAACCAGACUUGAACAGCUCAACAAUGCCAUUAACAUGGAACUCUGGCAGGAAGCUUUCAAGGCUGUUGAGGAUAUUCAUGGUCUAAUCAACUUGUCGAAGAAGUCUCCCAAACCUUCGCUGAUGGCCAACUACUACCAGAAGCUGGGGCUUGUCUUUUGGAAGUCUGGCAGUUACCUUUUCCACGCCUCAACCCUGCACCGAGUUUUCCACCUCACUCGAGAGCAAAGAAAGAAUUUGUCUCAUGAUGAGCUACAAAAGAUGGCCUCGCGAGUUUUGUGUGCUACUCUUGCAAUUCCUAUUCCUGCAUCAAGAAAUUCUAUUGGUCAGUUGUUGGAUAUGGAUGAGAGCAGUAUGGAGAAACAGCGCCACCUGGCGACGUUGCUGAUGUUACCAGCCCCGCCAACACGCCAGGCUCUCGUGAAGGAUCUGGUGAAGUAUAACAUUCUGCAGUACGUGAGUCCGGAGCUACAAAACCUCUACAAAUGGCUGGAGGUGGAAUUCCAUCCACUUCGCCUCGUUGCCAGGGUGACGCCAUCAAUAGAGUUCAUCACCAAGAGUGAAGACCUCAGCUGCUAUGUUCCUGCUAUUGAAGAUAUCAUCAUCACCAGAGUUUUGAAACAGGUUUCUCAAGUGUACCAAGCUAUAGAGAUGUCACGCUUGCUCACUUUUGUGCCGUUUGCGUCCCAGUUUCGUGUGGAAAGAAUUAUUGUGAAUGCUGCGAAAACACUGGAGCUUCAGGUUCGAAUAUGCCAUAAGACAAAGUCUAUCAGUUUUGGUACUAACCUUGGUGUGGCACAGAAGGAGGAUGUACCCGAAGGCCCAUACAUUCAGAGUAUGCCCAGUGAGCAGAUCAGAAACCAGCUGACAUGCAUGGCUCACGCACUGCAGCAGGCCAUUUCAAUCAUCGUCCCUAAGGAAGUCAAUGAAACCAAUGAACUUCGAGCCACGAUUGUGAAUAAGUACCGCAUGACAGGUGAUAAGGAUCAUCAGCGCAUCCUGCUGAGACGACAGAUUAUUGAGGACCGCAAGGAGCAGCUGGAACAUAUGAAUGACCAGAGAGAGAGAGAGGAAAGCCAGCAGGCUGAAUCUCAGAAGAAGAAGGCCUACGAAGCAGAAAUGGCGAGACUGGAGCGAGAAGCUCUGGAGAGAAAGAAGCAACGUCAGCACCAGGAGCACCAGGAAAUAAAACGCAAACAUGUCAAGGAGAGGAUUGAACAGCUGCGCAAAACUGACAUUGGAUCUAGGAUCUUCAAGGAUAUCGAUGAAGAGGAGUUUGCCGAGCUGGAUGUCGAUGAAAUCAUGCAGAAACAGGUUGAACAGCUGGAGAAGGAGAAGCGGGAGUUGCAGGAGAGACUGAAGGGACAGGAGAAGAAGGUGGACUACUUCCAAAGAGCUCGUCGUUUGCUGGAGAUCCCACUGCUAGAAAAACAGUUUGAGGAAGAUGACAUCAGGGCAAGGAAGUUCUGGGAUGAGCAUGAACUUGAAAGGAUUGAAACUGUUGAAACAGAACGAGCGUAUGCGCUUGUCACUCAAGAGAGGCUGAAACGAAUGAAGGAGGACAAGGAUGAGUUCAUAAACCGUUUACGUGAUGCCAGAAAGUCCGAAUAUGAGACUCAUCUGAAAGAGUUUGAACACAAGAUUGGCCAAGAGAGGAAGCUUCGGCAGCAAGAACGGAAAGAAAUGAGGAAGGAAGAACGCAGAAUUAAAUGGAGAGAAGACCGUGCUGAAGCAAAACAGAGGGCUAAAGAUGAGGCUAUGAAGAGAGAAAGAGAAGAAAAAGAGCGAAUUGAGCGAGAAAUGCGAGAGCAGGAAGAGAACGAGUACCAGGAAAAAUUGGCAAAGCUUGAACUGCAGGCCGAGAAACAGCGUCAGCGCGAAAGAGAGAUAGAGGAACGACAAAGACAGAGACAGGAAGCGCCAGUACAGAGGAGAGACGAAGAACCAAGCCGACCUGAUACUUGGCGAAGUAAAGAGCCAGAAGGAGAAUCCGACUGGAGGAAAGGUGACGGGGCCGGUGCCGAGAAACCAGCGUGGCGACCGAAACCACGCGAAGGGGGUGGAUGGCGGGAACGGGAAAAGGAGAGGGAAAAUAGAUGGAAGAAAGAACCUGAAGAAGAUUUGCCCAGAGAUGAGGGUAGAUGGCGAGACAGAGGCCCACCAAAAGAUGACCAGGAUGAGAGAGAUUUCAGAAGUAAAGCCCCACUGAGGGAUGACAGAGAUUUCCGUGAUAAGGGCCCAUCAAGGGAUGACAGGGAUUUCCGUGAUAUAGGGCCAUCGAGAGAUGACAGAGAUUUCCGCGAUAGGGGCCCACCAAAGGAUGACCGAGAUUUCCGUGAUAAGGGCCCAUCAAGGGAUGAGAGAGAUUUCCGUGAUAGGGGCCCAUCGAGGGAUGACAGAGAUUUCCGUGAUAGAGACCCACCAAAAGAUGACAGAGAUUUCCGAGAUAGGGGCCCAUCAAGAGAUGACAGAGAUUUCCGUGACAGGGGCCCACCAAGAGAUGACAGAGAUUUCCGAGAUAGAGGCCCAACGAGGGAUGACAGAGAUUUCAGGGACAGAGGCCCAUCAAGAGAUGACUUCCAUGGACCACCAAGGGGUGAUAGAGACUUCCGUGAUCGCGGCCCACCAAGAGAUGAUAGAUCUUUCAGAGAUAGAGGUCCCCCUAGAGAUGACCGAUUUGAUCGAGGAUCCCAUGAGGAUUCCGAUCGCAGGGGAUGGAGGGAUCAUGCCGCAUCCCCAAGGGAUGGUCAAGGGCCAGCAGCAGGCACGUGGAGAGACCGAGGGGGUGAUGACCACAGAGAAGAACGGGGACCACCCGUCCGAGGUGAAAGCUCGUGGAGAGAUCGUGGUCAGUCGGCUAGAUCAGCUGAUCGCACUCCACCAUCUAAAGAGAAAAGACUGGAGAGGCCUCAAGAGGACGAUGGUUGGACAACUGUGAAAAGAUAAACAUGCCCUCUACAAGAGACAGAACCAGUAGGAUUGAAGUACAGAUGGACAGACAACUCUUUAUUUCUUAAUGACUUGUACAGAUUACGUUAUAUACAGAUUUAUGUUGUGUGCAUAUUUCUCAAUAGUGUGAUGCUUUUUGUCUUAAUUUUCGGCAGUAAAGGUUAAGUUUGGGAGAGGCGAUUUUUUAGUAAAUUAUUUUCUUUGCUUAUUUUGAAUUUGAACUUUGUUCAUGAGUAACUUAUUGUGUUUUUUUGUGAUACAGUGUAUUUAAAUUGUAAACUAAGUAUUAUGAUGUAUCCACUGAAUAUUACUUUUCUAUAAAACCAGAUGAAUCAGUUUCAGUAUGUACUGGAAUUUAGGAACUUUUUUGCAAAUGGUUCCUGUUGAUUGACGCAAAAUCACAAGAAAUUAAUAUUGACAGUGCAAGUAGUCUAAUUAUCUUCAUAGUAGCAGGCACUUGCUAUUGAGGAAAAUCAUAGGUAAACUGUACCAGAAGUAGUCUGUGGCUACAGUUGCUGACUAGUUUUCUUAUUAAAAAAAAAUUCUGUAUAUAAUCAGACAGGGAAAAUGAUAAGGAAAGGAAAGAUACAUAGAAUUAUCACAAAUAGCAAUCGAUGUGGUCACAGAUUUGUAAAGUGUUUACAUCUGGUUGCUUCAGUGUUACAAGGAAAAAUUACAUGUUAAAGUGUGGGUUUGUAAUAAAUGUAAACAGUCAUGUUCCCAGUACAGAUUGUUGAUUAUUAGUGUACAUUUAAUUGUUCAGUCCUUUCUAAAUAGUUUUAAAGCAAUAGUUCAGCCUGUUUCUAAUUGUAUACACAGUAUGUAUCUGGUUUCUUCAUAUUGAUGCCUGUAGAUGGAAAUAUAAUAUUACAACAUAAUAUUGUAUGAUUUCAUAUUGCUUGAUGACUGGUUUUACGUCUUCUGGUGUAGUCCUUUUAAUAUGUUCAAAAUAUUGCAAUACAUUUCCAUUAGUCUUCUGUGUGUAUAUUUAAUUUGAAACCUAUAUUUUAUAAAAUACAUUCUUAUGUAUCAAAUGAAAAAACCAGGACAAUGCUUCAGUUUCUUCUUAUCGUAAUUGUGAAAAACAUGUCUUCAAGUGUUAACAAUAUUUGCCUUUAUUUCCGAAUUACAGUUCUAAUUGACAUACUGCACCAAUGUUUUUUUCACUGGAAUGUUAUUUUCACAUUCAUUGGUUGAGGAUGGGGUGAUAUUUUUUUCACAACACAAUAAUCCUCCUCCAUUAAUCAUGGUUGAUGACAUUUUUCAUUUUUAUCUUAAUUGUAACCAAUUAUGGUUCUUGCAUGCUAUAUAUGGUCAUGUGUCUAAGCUAUCUUGGCUGUUUUAAGAUGAUGGAUUCGUGAAAGAAAAGUUAGUCUGAUGGCUUUACUACAUCAGUAACACUGCAAGUUCGGUUGGUUAAUGACAUUUAUUUUUGUUAUUAUUAACUCUAGCUGUUGGUGAUAAAGCUAGAAAAGGCUUUAAUAUUGUACAACCAGUGUCAUGCUUAGUGAAGGGAAGUAGUUUAGGUGGUAAUACUUCCAUAAUGCUUCUUUUUAACACAAUUCAGUAUUUUUCUGGCCCAUUAAAUUUAUUGUUUAUGAUACUACUUUGUUGUGCUGUUUUCUGUUCAUCAAUCAAAUUGAUUAAUCACUACAGUUACAGAAUAGAAUAAAACCAGUAUGCCUAUUUUGAAAUUCAUAUUUUUUUUAUUGAGUUUGUUGUCGUAUUCUAGUUUAUUUUACAAAUACUGUUGUCUUCAAGCUGCUAAUCCUAAUUUAUAGACAGUAAAUUGUUUUAGAUUGUUAACAGUGGGUUUUUAAAAAAAACAAAAAACUUUCACAUUACAACUUUUUGAUUAAAUUAUCACUAGUGACAAACACAAUGUGUUUCUUGUUGCCAAGGCGUUUGUAGCAGCUCAACGUGCAUUUUAUAUGUCACAGAAAAGAUAUGUACCUUUAAAACUAGUGUCAGCAACUUUCUUUCUUGUAUAUAUACCGGUAAGUAGAAAAUUGUAUCAGAUUAUGCAUGUAUUAGCAAAUCAAAAAAUAAAAUGUGUACAAUGAU